UUCACUGAAUCAGCGACUAGCCAAUGGCUGCCAUGGUAAACAUCACGUGAUCACGUCGUGGAUCAUCUUCUUGUGUCCGGUUCUAAGUGUUAUACGCGUGUAGGCUCGCAGCUUGACGUGUAGUCGCACUUCCUCGUCUUGAAGACAUUACUGCCAGUACACAGCUCAACAUCGACGCCUUGUAUCUUCAGGUUUCCCCCAUCACCUCCAUCAUGGCUACUGGGCCAUUUACCAUUGUUGCCAUAUCAAUAUUUACACUGUUUGCACAUGGUGAAGACGCCGUAACCAACAACCCUUUGCGGGGCGACAAGUUCGAGUGUACAAACGGAAGAAUAAUUCCAUGGAAUUGGAGAUGCGAUCGGGACAACGAUUGUGGAGACAACUCUGACGAGAGCAAUUGUUCGACAUCUACUUGUGGUGCAGAUGAGUUUCCAUGUCAGAAUGGGAAAUGUAUCCCUAAUAGAUGGACAUGUGACAAGGAGAACGAUUGUGGCGACAGCUCAGACGAAGCUCGCGACCAUUGUAGCAAAAAAACAUGCAGCCCAAAUAUGUUCGUUUGCGAUAAUGGUGAGUGCAUCUCUUCAAGCUGGGUAUGCGAUGGAACUAAAGAUUGCAACGGAACUGGCAAGGAAGAUGAAAAGAAUUGUUCUGUUCAGUGUAGGGAAGACCAGUUCACCUGUGAUGAUGGACAGUGUAUAGCACAGAAGUGGAAGUGUGAUGGAGACAAGGACUGCAAAGAUGGCUCUGAUGAAGCCGAUUGUGCUGUCCAGUGUAGGGAAGACCAGUUCACCUGUGAUGAUGGACAGUGUAUAGCACAGAAGUGGAAGUGUGAUGGAGACAAGGACUGCAAAGAUGGCUCUGAUGAAGCCGAUUGUGCGUCAUCCCGAACUUGUGCCGUCAAUACGUUUCGCUGUCUCGAUGGCGCAUGUAUCUAUGAAGCCUUGUGGUGUGAUGGAAACUUCGACUGCUUUGACCACAGUGAUGAAACCAACUGCAAUACUGGAUGUGACAUCGGGGAGGUUAUGUGUUUAGAUGGGCAUUAUUGUGUGUCGAAAUCGGUGCAGUGUGAUGGUGCCAAGAACUGUCAAGAUGGCUCAGAUGAACUAAAUUGCACAGCCCUUGCAGGUGAUGCAUGCAGCAAUAACAAUGGUGGAUGUGAACAAAUCUGUGUCAACCUACCCGGAAAUACGAGCAAGUGUGGCUGCAAUCCAGGUUACAGUCUCACGAAUAAUUCCCAGACUGUGUGUACAGACAUUGAUGAGUGUAAAGACAAUCCUAUUCGUGGCACCUGCUCUCAAAUCUGCAGGAACACCAAGGGAAGCUACAAGUGUGAAUGUGUUAACAAUUAUUCACUGGUCAACAGGAGAUACUGCAAAGCUGACGGCAGCCACUCAGAGCUUCUGCUGGCAGCCAGAAGAGAUCUUCGUAGAAUCAACCUUGAAACUUUGGUACCUAGCGUGCUCCUUGGUGCUCCACAUGUAUCAUCUGCUGUUGCCUUGGAUUUCGACUUUCUUGAAAAUAAAUUGUACUGGACAGAUGUAGCUAAAGAGGCUAUUUUUAGAGCUGACUUUGACAACAAGCCAUCGGUUGAAGAGGUAUCAUCAACAGAUGUCAGGACUCCUGAUGGUCUUGCAGUAGACUGGAUCAACAAGCACCUCUACUGGACUGACACUGGCUUUGACAGGAUUGAAGUUUCCUCGUUGGAUGGCAAAAUGAGGAAGACGCUUAUUAACACAGGAUUAGAUGAACCAAGAGCCAUAGUACUGGAUCCCAACCAUGGCCUUGUGUAUUGGACUGACUGGGGUAAACAGCCUAAGAUUGAACGAUGUGGAAUGGAUGGCAAUGACAGGAAAGUGAUUGUCAACACAACCAUCGCCUGGCCUAAUGGACUUACUAUUGAUUAUGUUGCCAACAGACUGUAUUGGGUUGACUCGAAGCUUCACACAAUUGAGAGCUCAAACAUGUUGGGACUGGAACGUGUCUCCGUUCUUAAGAGUGUCCUUCACCUCCACAAUCCUUUUGCCAUUACUGUAUUCGAGGAUUUUCUUUACUGGACUGACUGGUACUCUAAAUCCGUUAAGAAAUACAGCAAGUUCGGAAGACGUAGUGACGAGGAAGUGGAAACAAUUGCCAGUAAUCUUCCUUCACCCAUGGGUUUACGUGUAUUCCAUCCCAACAGACAACAAAUACUAAGAAGGUUGUGUGGUGAUAACAAUGGCGGCUGUUCCCACUUCUGUCUGCCAAAAGUUUAUGAUCCCAGCAACAGUGAACUCUUUGUCUGUGACUGUCCCAGUGAACUCAUCUUGUCGUCAGAUAAGAAGACUUGUGUUGAAGGAGGUACGUUCAUAUCAAAGUGCGUUCUAGUAACCUGGUCGGUUUCACUUUCUGAAUGUUUAAGUGACACAAAGGAAAGGUUUCACAGAGCAUGAACAUCAUUUUGAAUUUAUUACUAUGGUUUGUUUAUAUUUGAUGUUGAUCUUACAUAUUUUCUUUCCAUCGCUUUAUUAUAUCUUUGUAUGUCUUAACAUGCAACCAUUAGGUUUGUUUCUCUUUUCAUAUAUACCUACGUUCAUUUCAAGUUUCAUAUCAUCCUUACGUAUGCUCAUGUCAAAGCUAUGACGUUCUAGUUACCUCGUUGGUUUCACUUUCUGAAUGUUUGAGUGACACAAAGGAAAGGUUUCACAGAGCAUGAACAUCAUAUAUCUUAAUCAUUGUUUGUUUAUAUUUGAAUGUAAAACUUCACGUUGAUCUUACCUAUUUUCUUUUCACCCCUUAUUAUAUAUGUGUAUGUCUUAGCAUGCAACCAUUUGCUUUGUUUCUCUUUUCAGAUAUACCUACGUUCAUUUUAAGUUAUCAUAUCCUUUGCCUUUUAGAAUUUCAUCACAUCAUGCUUCCCCCAUCCUAAAUUACUUUCUUUGUUUCACUGACUGUUCAUAAUACAUUCUUCGUGUAUUGUAGUGUUUAUGUACAUGUGUUUCAUAUCCCAUGCUUUUUUAUGACUUUACUUUAAUGAAUCAUUUUCUAAUUACAGCUAAUUAGACCUUGACAACAAACAAUGUAACAUGUUGUUACGAUGAACGGAUGAGAACAUACACGGUGUUUCAAAACUGGCGUCGAAAAUAGCCGCUUUCAUUUGAAUGAAACGCAGCAGGGAUUCCUCCUUUAGGGGUUACAGCUGCGGUAUAAGAUCGACACA